CGAAUUUAAAUCAUUAAAUAUUAUGGAUCAAUUUGACAACUUAGAAAAACACACACAGUGGGGAAUUGAUAUUCUUGAGAAAUACAUCAAAUUUGUAAAGGAAAGAACAGAGAUUGAACUCAGCUAUGCAAAGCAACUCAGGAACCUCUCGAAGAAAUACCAACCCAAAAAGAACUCGAAGGAGGAAGAAGAAUACAGGUAUACGGCGUGUAAAGCCUUCCUUUCCACCCUGAACGAAAUGAACGAUUACGCAGGGCAGCAUGAAGUCGUCUCCGAGAACUUGACCUCACAGAUCCUCGCGGGGUUAGCACGCUACGUCCAGGAACUGAAGCAGGAAAGGAAAUCGCACUUUCAUGACGGACGGAAGGCCCAGCAGCACAUAGAGACCUGCUGGAAGCAGCUCGAGUCGAGCAAGCGGCGAUUUGAGCGGGAUUGCAAGGAGGCUGACCGGGCGCAGCAGUACUUUGAGAAAAUGGAUGCUGACAUCAACGUCACAAAAGCGGAUGUUGAAAAGGCACGACAACAAGCUCAAGUACGUCACCAAAUGGCAGAGGACAGCAAAGCUGAUUACUCAUCGAUUCUUCAGAAAUUCAACCAUGAGCAGCGCGAGUAUUACCACACUCACAUUCCCAACAUAUUCCAGAAAAUACAAGAGAUGGAGGAGCGGAGGAUAGUGAGACUCGGAGAAUCCAUGAAGACCUAUGCGGAGGUCGACCGGCAGGUGAUUCCAAUCAUUGGGAAGUGCUUGGAUGGAAUAGUGAAGGCGGCCGAGUGCAUUGAUGAGAAAACUGACUCACAGCUGGUCAUAGAGGCCUACAAGUCAGGGUUUGAGCCUCCCGGAGAUAUCGAAUUUGAGGAUUACACGCAGCCGAUGAAGCGCACCGUGUCGGAAAACAGCCUUUCCAAUUCCAGAGGAGAAGGCAAAGCAGAGCUUAAAUUUGGGGGCAAACCCAAAGGAAAGUUAUGGCCGUUCAUCAAGAAAAACAAGCUUAUGUCCCUUUUAACAUCCCCCCAUCAGCCUCCCCCUCCUCCCCCUGCCUCUGCCUCACCCUCUGCUGUUCCCAACGGCCCCCAGUCUCCCAAGCAGCAAAAGGAACCCCUCUCCCAUCGCUUCAACGAGUUCAUGACCUCCAAACCCAAAAUCCACUGCUUCAGGAGCCUAAAGCGAGGGACUCAGUCUUUCUGUUUCCACAAAGAACUCAAGAAGAGGACGAUAGGGAGACCCACGUAUGCUUUUGAAGCUAGGGACUAUGUUCUUUCUCUCAAGCUGGGUGCAGCGCCGGAGGACUUCAGCAACCUCCCGCCCGAACAGAGAAGGAAGAAGCUCCAACAGAAGGUGGACGAAUUAAAUAAAGAAAUUCAGAAGGAGAUGGAUCAAAGAGAGGCCAUCACCAAGAUGAAGGACGUGUACCUGAAGAACCCUCAGAUGGGAGACCCAGCCAGUUUGGACCACAAAUUAACAGAAGUCAUCCAAAAUAUAGACAAGCUGCGGCUCGAGGCCCAGAAGUUUGAGGCCUGGCUGGCGGAGGUGGAAGGCAGACUCCCGGCCCGAGGCGAGCAGCGCAGGCAGAGCGGACUGUACGACACCCAGCCGGCCCCGGCCGUCAACAACUGCGCGCAGGCCCGGGAGAGCAGCCCGGAUGGCAGUUACACGGAGGAGCAGAGCCAGGAGAGCGAGGUGAAGGUGCUGGCCACGGACUUCGACGACGAGUUUGACGACGAGGAGCCGCUGCCCGCCAUCGGGACGUGUAAAGCGCUCUACACCUUCGACGGUCAGAAUGAAGGAACCAUUUCAGUAGUUGAAGGAGAAACGCUGUACGUCAUAGAGGAAGACAAAGGUGACGGGUGGACCCGCAUUCGGAGAAAUGAAGACGAAGAGGGCUAUGUCCCCACUUCAUACGUCGAAGUGUAUUUGGACAAAAAUGCCAAAGAUUCCUAAGGUGGCCAAGGAGCCAGAGCCGGGAGCCUUCUCAGGAGAAACCCUCCGGUCUGCUUGUCUCCACAGGCCUGGCUGUGAACCGUGCGCUCGGGCUGGGCUGCGGAGUGGCCUCGUCUUCGGGCCGAAGGGACCCCCAUGCCGUGCAGCUGCUUGCCUCUGCUCUUUUCUUUUCUUUCCACAGCAUGCUCCUGUGGCCACUCCGCCCAGGCCCCUCCAGCCACCUCUUGGGUCAGAGCUGUCCCCAUCCCAGUCCCACCCCGAGCAGGACACGACAGCAGCUGGACACGGCUCCCUCCUCCCCCCACUCCGGCCCUGGCCUCAGUCCUCCUGGCUGCUCCGGCCCGUCCACGGUUCACACUGUGCCUUUUGUGAAAACCUUGCCACUGGUCUCCCAGGGAGACCGACAGAAUCUGGACAAGAAGGUCGGACCCACCAGGCGGACUGCGCGCCCGGUGUCCGUGACGUGGUCCCGCGUUUACGUUAGAAAAGACUCACCUUUGCCCAAGUCCAUUGAGCCUUCGGUGGGCCUUUUCUGGUGACGGGUCCUCACCUCAUGCUGAGUGUCGGCCCUUGCAGCACUUCACAGCCUGAGAGUGACAGUGGCGGGCACCGGGGCGGACACACGCAAUGCACACACACACACACGCAUACAUGCACAUGCAUGUGUGUACACAUGUAUGCACAUUUUUGUUUGGGGCCCUGCCUUCAGUGGGUCCACACUGGAAGUUGAAUUCCGGCCCUCGGCCCCGCCCUGCUGUCCUGCCUGCGUCACCCUUGGGGGGGGGGGGCGAGGGCCGUGUCCCGGAGAACUGUGGCUGUGGCACUUGGUGACCGAGGAGCACCCCACCACACCUCUGCAUUAGCUCGUCGCAAAGUGAAAGUUCCCCUUUUCUUGGAUUCCAAGAUCUUCGUCUCUAGGAUUUAGCGCUUCCGUCACCAAAGGCCUGUGCUCUGUCCUUCGAGUGACCCUGCGGCUCCAGCUUCCGCGUCCGCCAUGUGCUCUGGGCCACACGGACGCGGAACUCCCUGCGUUUGCUUCCUGGGCUGCCUUUCCUUCCUCCGCUCUCGGGGGAAACCGUGAGGCCGCGCCGCCACUCACGCCUAGGGCGGCGGGCUUCUCUCUUUUGGUGCAGAGCAGCCGAGAGGUCACUGGCCGGGAGUUUCAGGGACGGCAUCGGGCCUCUUCCUUCUGUUUGGCGUUGGGAUGCGAGGCGUCACCUCAAGCAUCCUCAGUUCUGGACGUUGAUGAAUCCAACACAAGGAAGUCUCCUAGGAGCCGGAGGGCAGGAGCUGGGGCAGGUCCUGAGGGGUGGGCCGUGGCCAGUAGGAAGAUGGCUCCUCUCGGCAAACUAGGGGUGACCACACACCACCCUCUGGUGACUGGGAUCCUGGGGGAGCAGGGCAAGAGGAAGUGGCUUCAGGUUUAGGGUGAGCGAGUGGCCAGCCUGGGCCCUCUCGCUCUUCCUUCCCAGAAGUGGGGCUAGACCCGGGCUCACACCACCUGCCCGGACCCUGCAGAGGGGGCAGCCCAGUGCAGCAAAAGCCAGGAUGCCAAAGGCGAGAGGAGUCAGAACCCCCCGCAUCCCUGCAAACCAACAGGUGCCUGGUUAACCAGGGCAGGCGGUCCAGCUCUGCCCAAGGCUCCGGGGCGGGUGACCUGGUCUCCAGGAUCCGCGAGUGUCACCUGUCCGCGGGCCACUCCAGGGCACACGGAUGUGACGGCUCAUAAAACCGAUCCCAGAGCCUCUAGUGCAUGUGCAUCGCAUCUCCUAAUGGGUCAGGACAGUCAUUCCGUGCAGCCCAGGGGGAGGGAGACGCUGCAGCAGCCUGUCCUCUUCACGUCUGUUACGCUCGGUGUAGAAUAUGCUGUGUCCUGUGUCCCCUGCCCCUAUCUUUUCCUUCCGCACCGCCUGCGCCCGAUAGAGUGGACGAGCGCUUUUCAGCAGUGACCUGGGUGCCUGCUCCCCGCGCUCCGCUCUGCCCAGCCGGCUCUUCAGGAAGGAGGUGACUAUCUGCCAGCCCAGGUGUCACUGACUCUGGGCCUCCCCCGUGGAAUCGUCUGUUACAAAGGAGCCGUCCACCUCGCGUAGGAGCUGGACCUCCCCACGUGCUGCCCGCCUCCCUCGGACCCGCUGCUGUCACUCCACCAACGUUAGAUAUCGUGUAAGAAGGACUUGAAACAGAGAGAGGAACGUGUCCUUGCCCCGCUUUUCCCUCGCGGGAUGGAAAUCACAGGAGGCCGGCCCACGUGAGGGUUUCAUCUGGGCCUGGGAGCUCUUAGGUCGCCAGCGGCCCGGAGGCCUCGCCUGCCUUUGGCAGCAGCUGUCAUCACGGGAAGUUUACCGAACAGAAAACGUGAUGUUACGUGGUCAUGGCUCCGCCUCCUGUGCUUCUGUCACCCAAACCGUGACCCGAAGCUGUUGUACCCGACGGGGCGCACCUGGCCACAGCUGGUUUGUGCUGCACUAACCCUGACUGUGGAGGCACCGAGGCCUGGGCACGGCCAUUGCCAAAGUUCUGGAGAUGGGAUUACACCAAAUGAAGUUCCACUGGAAGGCUUCUCCGGACCCUGUACCUCCAUGUUAGCCCUCGGUGUUAAAUAAAAGUCUCCCUGGCA